CAAAAACCAAAUGUCGAAUUUGUUUUUAAUUUAAAUCCAUGUUAUCUUCUUGUACAAUGUCGAAUAAAAGAACUAAAGCUCACUCAGUUUUGUUCAUGUUCAUGUUUUUUUUACUGAUUAAUUUUAACUUGUCUCAGGGAGACGACGUUGAGCUACUAUUGUCCUUCAAGUCUUCAAUCAAUGAUCCAUUCGGUUUCCUUUCCAACUGGAAUUCCUCAACUUUUUUCUGCCUGUGGCAUGGCAUCACUUGCAACAAUUUGUCUAGCGUUAAGGCAAUUGAGCUCUCUGAUAAGAACAUUACUGGGACAAUUUCCUCCUCAAUCUUUCAUUUGCCAGACAUCGAGACUAUCAAUCUUUCGCGCAACCAACUUUCUGGUGAAAUUCCAUGUGACCUGGUUUCUUCUGUUUCACUUCGAUAUCUUUAUCUUAGUGACAAUAAUUUAUCCGGUCCAAUUCCAAAUUGUUCAAUUUUUCUGGAGAAAUUAUAUCUCUGGAAUAACCAGCUUUCUGGGAAAAUUCCACCGGAGAUUGGGGUGUGCUCAAAUCUAAAAGAACUUGAUCUUGGUUUCAAUUAUUUGGUGGGGAGAAUUCCAAGCUCCGUAUCAAAUAUUAGCAGUUUACAAAUCUUGACUCUCGCCGGAAACAAUUUAAUUGGCCAAAUUCCAUGUGAAUUAAGCCAAAUGAAGAGCUUGAAGUGGAUUUACCUUGGUUAUAACAACCUUUCGGGCGAAAUUCCACAAGAACUUGGUGAUUUGGUUUCUUUGAAUCUUCUUAAUCUUGUCUGCAACAAUCUUAUCGGACAAAUUCCAUUCUCGCUAGGAAACCUCACCAAUGUUCAAUAUCUAUACCUCUAUCAAAACAACCUUCAAGGUUUGCUUCCUAGAUCCAUUUUUGGCCUCAAAAAGCUUGUUGAACUUGAUUUUAAUGAUAAUUACUUAUUUGGUGAGAUCCCAGAACUCGUUAUUGAGUGGCAGAGCUUGGAGAUUCUUCAUCUUUUCAGCAAUGCCUUUACCGGUAAAAUUCCAAAUAGUCUAGCAUCUUUGCCUCGUCUUCAACUCCUUGAUCUUUCAGAAAACAGCUUGACUGGAGAAAUUCCUUCUUUGAUCUGCAAUGUCAGUUCCAUUGAAGUUCUGGACUUAUAUGAUAAUAACUUAAGUGGACCCAUUCCUCAAUGUCUAGGGAACUUCAGCAAACAUCUUUCAAAUCUCAACUUAAAUAGCAAUAAAUUGGAAGGGUCGUUACCAGGAUCCUUGGCCAAUUGUAAAAAUCUAGAUUUGCUGGAUAUUGGUAACAACAAGCUAAAUGGUACGUUCUCCUAUUGGCUGUAUACUUUGCCAGAAUUACAAGUUCUUGUUUUACAGUCAAACAAAUUGCAUGGAACCUUAGAAAAUUCCAAGGCCAUCCGUCCCUUUCGUAAGUUACGGAUUCUCGACCUAUCUAACAAUGAAUUCACUGGUCCUUUACCGAAAAGUAUAAUAGAAAACUUGAAGGCCGUGAUGAAUCUCAAUGAACAACAGAGUUCUUUGCAAUAUAUGCAAGGAAGAUAUUAUCUUUAUGGUGUCAAUUUGACAGUGAAAGGUCUUAAUACUGGCCUUAUUAAAAUCUCGACAAUCUUCACCAGCAUUGACCUUUCAAACAAUAACUUUCAUGGAGAGAUUCCAAGUGUUAUUGGAAAGCUCAGUUCACUCAGAGGGCUCAACCUUUCUCAUAACAACCUUACUGGUCAUAUCCCUACGUCAAUGAGAAAUAUGAUCGGUCUGGAAUGGUUAGACCUCUCUUCAAACAAGCUUAUGGGGCAAAUUCCUAACGAAUUGACAGAGCUGACAUUUCUUGAAAUCUUAAAUCUUUCUCAUAACCAACUCACAGGACCAAUUCCUCAAGGCAAACAAUUCAGUACAUUUGAAAAUGUCUCAUAUGAAGGAAACUUGGCACUAUGCGGCUUUCCAUUGUCAAAAGCUUGCAACAAUGAUGGGAGAAAACAAUCACCUCCAUCAUUUUUUAAAGAGGCAGAUGACUCAGAGACCAGCAUCAGUUUUGGCUGGAAAGUUGUGUUGAUGGGCUACGGAUGCGGACUGAUAUUUGGAGCCCUCGUUGGAUAUGUUACAUUCAGAAACGGUGAUCCAAAAUGGUUUAUAACAUUGUUUCGAGUCAAAUAUCAUCGAAGGCAAGAAGAUAAUCGCGGAACCAAAAUUAGUAAUUCGUGUAAUAAAAUGGCCAUGUAUUUCGUAAGCAAAUACGUAUGGAGCUGGAGUGUGAUAGCUGCAUUUGCUUAA